AUCAGCUUGACGCAGGCUCCUCGGUCUCGUGCUGUCCGGCGCUCCUCCCGCAGUUAAACUCCGGUAAAUGUGUGUGUUACCACCUGCCCUGCACCGUCCACAACAGCGCUCUCUGCAGUGUAAUGGCAGGUUGGGCUGCUGCUGCCUCCUAGGUCAACAGAUACACACUGAUGAACAUACACUCAGGCCUGCAAGCAACUAAACCUUCAGCUUAGUUUUACCACCACAACUCCAAAUCCGAAGAUCACCGUCAUCAGAGAUAAUGGGCCCAAACUCCAACAGCAUGAAGAAGGAGACCUCCUGGACCAGUUUACCUGACGCUCCUUCUCUCUAGAUGCUGCUAAGCCCCUCUGUUCACACCGUCCUGUCAUGGCUGGGAUUCAGCAGCUACCUGUUAACUUCCUGACCAAUGUUUGCUGAAACUGUCCGCCUGAAGGAGCAUUGAAAAGACAAAAAAAAAAAAAGGUUGACCAUCGACUGCGUGUCUGUGUCAGGUCUGUAAUCAUGGGGAAGGAGCAGGAUCUGCUGGUGGCAGUGAAGAGUGGGGAUCUUCUUCUGGCUCACAAGCUUCUCUCCAAAGUCAAGUGCAGCAAAACCAAGUUGCUGGGUUCCACCAAGAGGCUCAACAUCAACUACCAAGAUUCAGACGGCUUCUCCGCACUGCACCACGCCGCUCUGACGGGCACCACGGAGCUGCUGUCUCUGCUGCUGGAGGCCCAGGCCACCGUGGAUAUCAAGGACAUCAACGGCAUGCGUCCCGUCCACUACGCAGCGUGGCAGGGUAAAGCUGACUCUGUCUUAUUGUUGCUGAGAGCUGGUGCUUCAGUCAACUCGCCGUCCCACGAUGGACAGAUACCGUUACAUCUCUCUGCUCAGUAUGGACAUUACGACGUGUCUGAGAUGUUGCUGCAGCACCAGUCGAACCCCUGCCUGAUGAACAAGGCGAAGAAGACGCCGUUAGAUCUGGCCUGUGAGUUUGGGAGGCUGAAGGUGGCUCAGCUGCUGCUGAGCAGUAACAUGGUGGCAGCGCUGCUGGAAGGCGAGGGAGGGCACGACGGCCUGGACUCUCCGACGACCACACCGCUCCACCUGGCAGCCAGGAAUGGACACAAGGACAUCAUCAAGUUGCUGCUCAAAGCUGGUAUUGACAUCAACAGAACCACCAAAGCGGGAACGUCUCUGCAUGAAGCUGCCCUCUACGGCAAGACUGAAGUAGUGCGGCUGCUGCUUGAUGCGGGCAUCAACGUGAACAUACGCAACACCUACAACCAGACAGCUCUGGACAUUGUCAACCAGUUCACCACUUCUACAGCCAGCAGGGAAAUCAAACAGCUGCUCAGAGAGGCAUCAAGUUCUCUCCAGGUCAGGGCGGUGAAGGAUUACUGGAACCUCCACGACCCCACCGCCCUUAACCUCCGGGCAGGAGACCUCAUUAUGGUCCUGGAGCAGCACUCAGACGGCCGGUGGAAGGGUCACAUCCACGAUACUCAGCGGGGCACGGAUCGAGUGGGCUUCUUCCCCCCGUCAGUGGUGGAGGUCCUCAGCAGAAAAGCAGGGGGCACUCUCUCCCGCCAAGCCUCCAUGCCCUGCCACCGACAACACUUUGCAUCCAGAGCUCCUCCCUCAAGCCACGGCCCCGCCCCUCAGACCGACGACUCAUACACGCUUGGCUAUGAUCCCGCAGGUGCUCCACCAGGCAGUCAGCUCUCAGCCCCAGCUAGUCCUGCUAGUCCCACUCAGGACAUUUGGGUCCUCAGGAGAUCCCCCACUGGUGACAGGAACAGUGUUGGCAGUGCCGGCAGUGUGGGCAGCAGUCGCAGCGCCGGCAGCGGCCAGAGCUCUGAAAGCAGCCACAAACAGAACGGGACUCAGAAUCGCCACAACACUGACACUGGCAAGCCGGCGCCCUCUGCUGGUGAAUCCGGAGACCAUCUCCACAGUGCAGGAGCUGACCGCAGCAAACAGGUCGAUGGAUCCUCAGGUGGUUCGCGGCGGCAGGUCAACGGCACUCCUCAGAAAGGCUUCAUUAGGCCUGAACAGCUUCUGGAGGGCAAGGACGCUGAGGCCAUCUACCAGUGGUUGUGUGAGUUCCAGUUGGAGCAGUACACAUCCAACUUCAUCAACGCAGGAUAUGAUGUACCCACCAUCAGCAGGAUGACGCCUGAGGACCUGACGGCCAUCGGAGUCACCAAACCUGGCCACAGGAAGAAGAUCUCAAUGGAGAUCGGCAAGCUCAGCAUCCCUGAGUGGCUGCCUGAUUACAUUCCUUCGGACCUCGGGGAGUGGCUGAGUGUGAUUGGACUUCCUCAGUACCAGAAGAGAUUGUGUGACAACGGCUAUGACUCCAUCACUAUUGUCAAAGACAUCACCUGGGAGGACCUGCAGGAGAUCGGCAUCACCAAACUAGGUCAUCAGAAGAAGCUAAUGUUAGCAGUGAAAAGACUCUCUGACCUUCAGCGCGCUCGGAACCAUGCCGACAGAAGUGGAGGCGGGACUCUCAGACGGAAGCCUCCCGCCGCUCUGGAGCUGGUGGCUAUCGAACACACGCCAACACACAACGCGCACGCUCACACACACUCUGACGCUCCGUCUGACAACUGCUGCCCCUCCCCUCGCACGCCCAGGGCCCUCCUCUCCUUCCAGGACAGCGAGCUGAGCGCCGAGCUGCAGAGCGCCAUGAUGGGCAGGGCUGGAGGCGGAGCCACAGAGGCGUUUGGUAUCAGGGGCGUGACCUCUGCGGCAGCUAUAUCCGCCAUGUCAGUCAGUCAGGAGAGCAUCAGUAUGAGGUCACGUGGCUCAGGGAAUUCUGGGAAUUCUGGACAUUCAAAUUCAGGAUAUUCUCAGGAGCACCAGGCCACACCGUCGUCUGCCAGAACGGCCAGCCGGUCUGAGGAGAGUCUGGGCAGUGGAGGAGGUAGUCCUGGAGGCAGGAGUAGGCAGAGACCCACGGAGAUGUGGGAGCACCAGAGUCGGUCUGUGACCCCCAACAAGCUCCCCUUCUCCCCCCUCACUCCUCCGCUCACCCCGAGCAAAAUGCCUCGCUUCGCCUACCCAGCUGUCCCGCCCAAGGCCAAACACUUCCAGUCCCCAAACCGCCUCCAUCAGCCUCAGCACCACCCACCCUCCUCCCCUUCCUCUCCGUCUCCACAGCCCUCCCCCACACAGAAGAACUUCAGCUACCUCCACGCUCAGACAGGAGGCAUCAACGGGGCUCCUCGGGUGCUCUCCAAGCCUCUGCCUGGAGCUGUCCCCGUGCUGGGACCCCAGCCCGGCCAGGCCCCAGCUGACGACACCCAGAGGUGCCUGCAGAAGAAGCGCGCCCAAAGCCUGACUCGCUACGCCCUGUCUGACGGGGAGCCGGACGAAGACGACGACCUCGCUCCCCGCUGCACCUCGGCUUCCUCCGCGGCGAUGCCCUCCUACGCCACCUUGUCGCGCAGGCCGGGACGUGGGCACACCAGCGCCACAGGGGCCCAGCGCCACAUCAACCGCAGCCACUCCUUCGCUGUGCGCUCCCGACGCAAAGGCCCGCCCCCACCGCCACCUAAGAGGAUGAGCUCGGUAAGCGGCAGCCCGACACGGCAACCGGGAAACGGGAAAGUGACGGAGCCGGAGGUGAAGGCAGGAGUGGAGGUGGAAAGCGCCGGCAGCGUGAGGAGCAUCGCAGCCAGACUGGAGGGAAGCAGCAGCAGCAGCAGUCCAUCCAGGAGGAUUGAUAUUCCACCAACUCACAUCCCUCAAUCACCUGUCUUUAGUCCGGUGUCCUCCCCGAUUCCACAUGGAAUUCCUUCUCACAUCAUUCUAAUGCACAGUAAACCUGUCCCCGCCUUGGGCCUUGGUGGCUUAAGAAGGACAGGAAGUGAGAGGACAGAAGGAGACGCUGAGAGACAGAGAGGUGGAGGUACAGACGGGACAUCUGAGGAGAGAGAGAAAGCAAGAAGAAGUGAGAGAACGUCAAAGAGUGCUGCUGCGUCUCCAAAGCACAGCUCCAGCGACCAUCUUCCCUUUGCAGAGGAGGGUAACCUCACCAUCAAACAGCGGCCCAGGGUUGCAGUCGUCACCCGGGCCGACGCUGAAGUUAAGACUCCUCCAGAGGAUCCAGUCCAGACCCCAAACAACCUGGAGCUGCCAGAGUUCAACCUGAAAGAGUCUGACACAGUGAAAAGACGACACAAACCCAAAGACAAAGAUGCGUCCACCCCAGAGGAGCCGUCUACACCCAGCAAAGACGACAACCGCCCACAAAUCACAAACCACAACGGAAGCACACACAUUGAUGUCAGGACACAGAGCGAAGACGAGGCUCAGAGAAAUGUUUUCCAGAGGGUGGGCUCCAUGGGAAAAGGCCCGAAGCCUCCGGUGUCCUCAAAACCCUCCAGUCCUCUCAGCAGACCGACGACCCCACAGAAAACAGUCUGCUCAGCACAAGGCAGCGCGCAGACAGCCAUUCCUAAACUAACCAGCGUACAGAUUCACACCGUCUCACCGAAGCUGGGCGGCAGCAUCCACACGCAGACAUGUCUACCCAGUCCUAAAGCUGUCAGACACCCGCAGACGCCGAUGUCCAAGCCUGAGAGUCCACAGAGAGCUGCUGCUGCAUCCAGACUCCCUCAGCUCAGCACGGCCUCUGCAUCAGCACCAGGACCGAACGUCAGCAUGGUCCAGAGUGUUACAUUCGCCGCUCCGUCCUCUCCAGUGCAUCCCCCUUCAUACUCCACCUCUGCACUGCCGGGCCCGAUGGGGAAAGCUGGAGCGGCCCAGGCCGGAGUUGCAGGUCUGGAGGUCCUGGCUCAGAAGAGGCUGGAGCAAACCAGCACGUCACUGGAGGCUGCUCUCAAAGUGGUGGAGAACAAACUGGCACAGGGGAGCAGUGUGGACGGUGACAGCAGCACGGUGAAGGCUGCAGGAAACAUUCUGGACGACAUCAGCAACAUGUUUGAUGAUCUGGCCGACCAGCUGGACGCCAUGUUGGAGUGACCUCCCCGCUGCUUUUCUCCAGGGAGCGACGGACAGAUGUAAACCAGCGAGCAGGAGCAGUUCACUGUCUGAUGCUGGUAAGAACAGAGUCUGUGGAGCUCAGGACCUCUGCAGGACUCCGACUCAUCAAGUGCACAUUUGAGGAUUUUCCCACAGCACAGUUUUUCAACGCGAGCACUUCGCCUUAGGACACACACCUGGGAAUGUUAUUGGAGCUAAAACAAAGAGCGGCUGAAAGAUGUUUGUGUGUGUGUUCAAUACUUUAUCACUAAAGGGAAUGAGGGUCCAUUUUCUUCACAUUACCUGUAAAUGUAUAGAUACUGUAGUCCAUGGUGGCACUGUGUAUGUGUGUAGUCAGAUAUCUUUAUACUGAGUAUAUUUAUACUUCUAUAUGUUUGUUUUUUAACAAAUGGAGUUCCUCUUGACUGAUCCACUGUUUAAAUCACUCCAGAGUGUAUUAGCAUUACUGUGUUAUAUAAACUUUAUAUAUGUAUAUUGCUGCUUAUUGUCUAUAACAAGGGGAAAUAUUGUUUACUGUAUUAAAAGCAGCGUAUUCCAUACGUAUGUAUUAGAUUUAAUUUUCCGUGUUUGUACCAAAGUCUUUCCUCCUCUUCAGCAGGCACAUUAAGAGGUUUCUGUCAGCACCACGUUAGGAAACAUCCAUUCUUUAAAGCACUGUUAACCUUCAUCAGCUCUGACUGCUGUGGACUGAAGAAGUUAUUUAGAGUCUGUGGAGCUCGGCUCUUCUCCCACCGACAGUUUGGAAGGUGUCGCGGCCUCAGGGUGCUAUGAAGUGAAUUUACUGUAACUGUGCUGUUACAAAGCAAAGAAAGAACAUUUAAAAGUGACUGAACACUGACGGUGGUUCUGUAGAUUUGACAAUGCAGGAGUAUGGAGUCUGCAGUGUGCCACUAAAAUAAUCAGUUUUUAUUUUGAUAUAUUUAAAAAACUAAAUUGAUGAAUUAAAAUUACAGUUACUCAUUAGAGAACUAAAAAACCAUCUUUAAUAAUUUAAUAAAUAUAAAAUAACAUCAAUUUUAAAAAGGAAAUGUGACUUUUUCUUACAUUUACUAAUGAAUCUAUUGUAUUAAAGAUAGUGUGGAAAUAUUUUCCAAUAUUUUUAAGUUUAAAUAUUCUCCAAAACAUAACUUAAUCUGGUGUUGUCAAGUCAAAGGUUUGUGUGAUUCAGAGUCACAGCAGUGCAGAUAUUCCUUGAGGGAAUGUGAACUUGCAUGUUGGUCCAGAAGUUGUUUUUAUAAAAUAAAAGAAUCAUCUUUAAAUUAAAAGUGACUCCAUGGAAACUGUAAAUGAAACUGUAAUGUUAAAGCAGGAAACCGUAGAGUCUUAAGAUGGAAUUGAUUAUUAAAACAUCAGAGACAGAAUAGAGACAUCAGAAUUACUAACUUGGCAAAUGUAAUAAUCUGUUUAUUUAUUUAUUUUGUGAUAUUUUAUUUAAAUAUUUGGCACACUUCAGACUCCAUACAGGGACGCAGAUUUGUUUUACAGAGAAAAAUUCAGGGUCAAUGUGCAUAUAACUGACUCUGACACAGGAUUAUAGUUGAAUCACUGAACUGAUAUCCUGUUUCACUUUCAUUUAUCUAUCCCUCUCUUCUUUAUGCACCUUACAGAGUCUUCACUGCACAAAAAGAUGCUUUUAUUGUUAAUUCCUCUGACUCCACUAUAAGUCACAGACUCAACGCCGUACACUAACUCUGUGGUUGAAUGCUUGUUUGUGAGCCAUCCUCACUCAGUGAGGCCAGUAAAAAAAGCCAUAACCUUUGACCCUCCCCUCCAUUAAUCCUUUCCACUCCCUGUGUUUUUUAAACAGCACUCAGAAAUUUCCUCCUGAACUUUGUCUAAAAGAAGAUUUAAGUGUACUGUAAAAUAUUCAGGGAGUUGGCACGUUCUUAACAUUUUACAUUUUGCCAUCAAACCCUUUGAGUUUUAGCACUAUUUGUUCCUCUGUUCAGUUUUGAUGGAUGCCUGUUACUUCUAUUAAUAUUUCCACUGAGUUCUGUAUCAUCCUGGAAAUCAUUAAAAGGAGCAUUUAUACUGAG